ACGGGGUGUGCAGCCCCCCCCUCGCCUUGCCAUCAUGCCGUUGCCUUGCCAACGCGGUGGCCUUGUCCCUGGCUCAGACGUUGUCACCGCAGGGUCUGGAGCUGGCAGCACCCUCAGCCCAGUUCCAGACGCUGCGCAGCACAGACAGGGACAGAGGUGGCCUUAGGGCUGUGACUUGGUGGCCCUCACUGACGGAGACUGGAGAAGCGGCUGUGCUGGUGGAGGUGGCUCUGAUCCCUGCAGAUAACCCGGCACAAAGUGGCUGAAGGUCACCAUGGAUGGGUCCCCAUCACCUGCCAGCCCUGCUGGGCUCUCAGCCUACGUGGCAGUGUCGCAGCUGCUGGGUCUGACGCUUCUGGCAGCCACAGGAGCCUGGCUGGGUCGGUACCGGGGUGGUGUGGCUUGGCAGAGCCCGCUGCAGUUCAACACCCACCCGCUGUGCAUGGUGCUGGGCAUGGUGUUCCUGCAGGGGGAUGCUCUCCUGGUGUACCGGGUGUUCAGGAACGAGGCCAGGCGCUCCACUAAAGCGCUGCAUGCAUUGCUGCACGGCCUGGCGCUGCUCAUCGCCCUCGUUGGCCUCGUGGCCGUCUUUGAGUCACACCGUGCUAAGGGCAUCUCCAACAUGUACAGCCUGCACAGCUGGUGUGGGAUGGCUGCCUUUGUGCUCUACCUCCUUCAGUGGCUCCUGGGCUGUGGCUUCUUCCUGGUGCCUGGUGCAUCCUUCUCGCUGCGUAGCCGUUACAAACCCCAUCACAUCUUCUUUGGCAUCGCCCUCUUUGCCUUCUCCAUUGCUACCUGUCUGUUGGGCAUCACUGAGAUGCUGCUCUUCAACAUCAGGGACUCCUACAGCCACUUUGUGCCAGAGGGAGUCCUGGCCAACGUGCUGGGGCUGCUGCUGGUGGCCUUUGGGUUGGUGGUGGGCUACGUGCUGACACGUGAUGACUGGAAGCGGGCACCGCUGGCUGAGGAGAUGGCCCUGUCCAUGGACUUCAAGACCCUCACGGAGGGUGAGAGCCCUGGAGGCAGCCAGUGAGGCCCCCAGCGAUGCCCCCAGCUGCCUGGUCCUCGUGGAUGUUGGAUGUCUCCAUGUGCCCCAGCUCCAUGCCCGGUGUUGGUGAGCAGAGCCUUUGCUCAGGGCUCCCUCUGCAUCUCCUGCUCUAUGUGCAAAUGGAGCUGCCUUCACAUACAGUGUCCCCAGACUCAGCAUUUCCCUACUCCCAACCUCCAAAGCACAUUCCCAUCUCUUUGUGCCAAGCAGCGGAUCAGAUGUGUCCCAUCACCAACACUUCUACUUGCUCUCAGCCCACACCCUACAGGGCUGCAGCCACCAAAGCUCCCUCGUGGCUCCAAGCAACACCACGUCCAUCUGUACAAUGUAAUGUUUGUAUUCAAAAGGUUUUCCCCUCUUUUGCCAUGUGUUGUCUGCAAAGUGAACGCUCCUGCCUUAAUAAAUACUUGCAGCUAA